AUGGGGUUUUUACAGGUCAUUUUCGAGAGAGACUCCAAGACUGUUAUCAAGAAGCUCUUGUCUAAUGCGCCAAACAUUUUGGAAAUAAGCAGUAUGAUUCGGGAGAAAUCAGGUGGCCCAUUACCUGGCGAGGAUGCAUUACUUUAUUCCUCUAACAGUUUCUGGGAUAAAGAAGACCACCCUUAUCCCGCCAAUCCCCCACCUCAACAGCAACAGCUUUACCAGCCUUUCCGGCCACCUCCGUCUCCGCUCCCUCCUAAAUUCCGGUCACUCGACAUCCCGGGUCGCUUGGAGGUGUUGGCAAACCGGCUUGGCCUUUGGUUCGAGUAUGCUCCACUUAUCCCUUCUCUUUACCGGGAAGGCUUUACGCCUCCUUCUAUAGAAGAAAUCACUGGGGUUUCUGGGGUUGAGCAGAACAGACUGAUAGUUGGUUCCCAGGUAAGAGACUCGCUUGUUCAAUCCAAUACUGAUGAAGAGCUUAUGUCUUUUUUCGAUACCGGUGGUGCUGAAUUGCUUUAUGAGAUUAGGCUUUUGAGUGCUUCUCAAAGAGCUGAAGCCGUUCGAUAUAUAGUCGAAAAUCGGCUUGAUGCUAAAGGUGCACAGGAUUUGGCUAGAGCUAUUAAGGAUUUCCCGAGAAGGCAAAUGGAUAAAGGUUGGAGUAGGUUUGAUUAUGGGCUUCCUGGGGAUUGUUUGUCGUUUAUGUAUUAUAGGCAAAGUAGGGAACAUAGGAAUCCUUCUGAAGAAAGAACUGCUGCUUUGAACCAAGCAUUGGAAUUGGCUGUGUCCGAGAGUGCUAGAAAUGAGGUUUUAAGAGAGUUGGAGGGUGGGAAAGAUGAAACAGAAGAGAAGGGAGAUGAUUUGGGAGCUCCGGUUCGGGUUCCAGUCGUUACGAUGCAUUCCGGUGAAGUUGCCGAGGCUUCUAGUGUGGUGUUUUUGCCUGUUUGUAAGGCGGAGGAGGGUGUCGAGCUGAUUUUGGAAGCGCCUUUUGAAUGUAGGAGUGGAGGGGAUUUCGGUGUGGUGGAGGCUGAGAAAGAGUGGAAGAGGUGGGUGGUUUUGCCCGGUUGGGAACCGCUAGCCAGGUUAAAGGAAGGCGGCAUUGCGGUCGUAUUCAAUGAUGCAAGUGUUAUACCGUGGAAGGCGAAUAGGUGGUAUAUGGAAGAGGCUAUUAUAGUGGUUACAGAUCGGAGUAGAAAAGAGGUCGAAUUGGACGGUGCGUUUUACUUGGCGAUGGUUGAUGGUGCGUUGAAAGUGGAUAGAGAAUCGGAAUUGAAGGAAAUGGGUGUGAAGGAGUGUAUAGGAACUGUGAUAUUGGUGGUUAGGCCACCUAAAUAUGGUACUAGUGAUCAAUUGAGCGAUGAAGAUUGGGAAUGAAAAGAAUCGAAACUUGAAAGUGGGUGGUUUUGUUUUAAUCCUGAUAGCAAAUAGAGAUAUUACUGCAGGCCAUCAAUGCCCCCGUAGCUAGAUUUCUGCAACAUUCUAUACGGUGCCAAAUGAUGGCUUCGUUUUUAGCGAAUGAACGUGAGUGUAAUACUUUGUUGCAUUGUUUGUUUCAUAUCAUGUAA